CGAGGAUUUUCCCGCUUCCAUAACUAAUCUUCAAUUUUUUUAUUCGUCUUCUUCUACUUCCUCAUUCGAAGGGCCACCAGAUAAUUUAGUGAAAAUCUUUUUUUUUUAGAACUACAUAUUUAUAAUGUUUUAAUGGCGUUAUGGGUUUGCCCUAGACGAAGGGGCAAAAAAAACCAAGCGGACAAAUUAUUGCGCGAAAACGAUAACACUGAAAGAGAAAAAAUCUCUCUAACAAAAAAAAAAGUUAAUGGAGAUUGUGAUAAAGUUUAUGCUUUUACGAUUCUUGAUUUAUUACUCUGUUCUUCAAUCUGUUUCGGCCAUGGAUAGUCUCUUAUCGCCCAAGGGUGUUAACUAUGAAGUUGCUGCGUUAAUGUCAGUGAAGAACAAGAUGAAAGAUGAGACAGAGGUUUUGUCUGGUUGGGAUAUAAACUCUGUUGAUCCUUGUACUUGGUACAUGGUUGGUUGCUCCUCCGAAGGUGUUGUUGUUUCUCUAGAGAUGGCUAGUAAAGGAAUAUCAGGGACAAUAUCAACUAAUAUUGGGGAAUUAACUCAUCUUCAAACAUUGUUACUACAGAAUAACCAGUUAACCGGUCCAAUUCCUUCCGAGUUAGGGCAACUAUCUGAGCUUGAAACACUUGAUCUCUCUGGGAACCGGUUUAGUGGAGAAAUCCCAGCUUCUUUAGGGUUCUUAACUCACUUGAACUACUUGCGACUUAGCAGGAAUCGUUUAUCAGGGCAAAUCCCUCACCUCGUCGCUGGCCUCUCAGGUCUCUCUUUCUUGGAUCUAUCUUUCAACAAUCUAAGUGGACCAACUCCGAGUAUAUUAGCAAAAGACUACAGGAUUGUAGGAAAUGCAUUUCUUUGUGGUUCAGCUUCACAAGAGCUUUGCUCAGAUGCUACACCUGUGAGAAAUGCGUCGGGUUUGCCUGAGAAGGACAAUAGUAAACAUCACAGCUUAGUGCUCUCUUUUGCAUUUGGCAUUGUUGUCGCCUUUAUCCUCUCUCUCAUGUUUCUCUUCUUCUGGGUGCUUUGGCAUCGAUCACGUCUCUCAAGAUCAUAUGUGCAGCAAGACUACGAAUUUGAAAUCGGACAUCUGAAAAGGUUCAGUUUCCGCGAGAUACAGACGGCAACUAGCAAUUUCAGUCCAAAGAACAUCCUGGGACAAGGAGGGUUCGGGAUGGUUUAUAAAGGGUAUCUCCCAAAUGGAACUGUUGUGGCGGUUAAAAGACUGAAAGAUCCGAACUAUACAGGGGAAGUUCAGUUUCAGACCGAAGUCGAGAUGAUUGGUUUAGCUGUUCAUCGUAACCUGUUACGUCUCUUUGGUUUCUGUAUGACCCCUGAAGAGAGAAUGCUCGUGUAUCCGUAUAUGCCUAACGGAAGUGUCGCUGAUUGCUUGAGAGUGAAUCAAAGCCGUUGGUUUUGUUUGGAUCAGGUGAGAACAUUGAAAGCAGAGAAGAGAUUUGCAGAGAUGGUGGACAGAGAUUUGAAGGGACAGUUUGAUGAUUUGGUGUUGGAGGAAGUUGUGGAACUGGCUCUGCUUUGUACACAGCCACGUCCGAAUCUAAGACCGAGGAUGUCUGAAGUCUUGAAGGUACUAGAAGGUUUAGUGGAACAGUCUGGUUAUGAGCACACACAAAGUGGUUAUGAAGCUAGAGGUCCGAGUGUUUCUAGGAAUUACAGUAAUGGUCAUGAAGAGAAUUCGUUUAUAAUUGAAGCUAUUGAGCUCUCUGGACCACGAUGA